GUGGUGUUGAUGAUGACCGGGAGGAGCGAAGACUGGGGGAUGGAGGGCAGACGGGGUUGCUCCCGCUGUGUGUGCAGGGGGGGGGCGACGGCCACGAGUUCCUUGUCCGAGCGCGCUGCCAUCGACACCCCUCGCCCUCGUGCCGGCUGAAAACGAGGCGGCCGCGGGGUGCUCCCCCGCCGCACCUGCCUGGGCCGCCACGGCGCGAGCCCCGGCCGGGCCAUGCCGAGCCGCGCGCCUCUGACCGCCAAGGCUGCCGCCAAAGCGCGGGCGCGGACACGCGGCAAGGGCCAGACGGGCAAGGCGGCGCCGGGAAGGGCAAAGGCCGCGGCAGCGGCGCCCAAGGCCAAGGCCGCGCCGAAGCCCGCCGCGAGGGUCGCGGCGCCAAAGUCCACGGCCGCGGCCGCGGCGGCGCCCGCGUCGCGGGCGCGCGGGGGCGGCACGAAGAGGACGUCGCAGGUUGCCGCCGAGGAUGCGUGCGGGGUUCCGGACACCUUCGGCGGCUUCGUCCGGGGCAAGGAGCUGGGGCGAGGUGCCUUCGCCGUGGUGUACGCCUGCGAGCGCAAGAGCGAUGCUGCCAAGUUCGCUGCCAAGGCGGUGGACCUGCGCCAGCUGCGCCUCUUCGUCAACGUGGGCCGCGAGGUGAAGAAGCUCCGGCGCGAAGCGAGCGUGCUUCAGCAGCUUCCGCCACAUCCCAACCUCGUGAAGUUCGUGGACGUCAUCCAGGAGGGCCACUGGCUCUUCUUCUUGCUCGAGCUCGUCGACAGGGGCAACCUGCUGCAGGCGAUCGUCAGGCGGCCUCCCGGGCGGACUGGGAGGCUGAAGUUCAGGGAGUCGGAGGCAUGCCACGUCUUCAGGCAGUUGGUGGACGGCCUCAAGGUGUUGCACAGCAAGGGCAUCGUGCACAGGGACCUCAAGCUCGAGAACGUGCUCGUUGUCCGGGAGCGGUCCGUCGGACCCGAUCUCCUGCUCGACGUCAAGAUCGCGGACUUCGGGCUGUCCAAGGUCGUCGGGGAGGGCGUGAGCGAGGCGCGCUCCACGGUGGGCUCCCCUCGCUACAUGGCGCCCGAGGUGAUCGCCAAGGGCUCCCACGACUUCCGGGCGGACCUCUGGAGCUUGGGAGUCCUCGCCCACGUGCUGCUCGACGGCCGCUUCCCGUGCGACGGGGCGUCGGCGAAGGUGCCCCAGGAGAGGCUGGACGAGGCCAUCGGCCGGCUGCCCGUGGGCCGGGACGCGCAGGACGUCGUGCGGGGCCUCCUGCAGCUGGAGCCGCCCCGCCGCCUCACGAUCCUGCAGCUGUGCGGGCACCCGUGGCUCACCGGCGGUGGGCGGGGGAGCACGGACAAGCGCCUGGUGGUCGAGGCCGAGGGCGCCGCGGCCGCCGCGCCCGGUGCCGCGGGGGCGCGCGAGGGCCGCCCGAGGGGCGGCGGCAGCGCCGACCGGGGCGCCAAGCGGCUCCGGGCGUCCUCGGCCGCCCCGGACGGGGGCGGCUUCUUCGGGCGCGAGGAGGAGGCGGCGGUGGACGACGCCAUCCUGGGCUUCCGGGGGGCCGGCAAGGCGCUGCUGGACUUCAGCCCCGGGAAGUAACGCGGGCGCGCCAGGCCGCCGCCGCGGGCCCGGCGCGCCGAGGCUGCCGCCCGGCCAUGCUCUGAGGGGGGUCGCCGCGCUCCCCUCGCCAUGCUGCCUCUCUGUCGGCUUCCCGCCGGCGCUGCCACCUGGCCACGCCGAGGGCCUUCUCGUGCCCUCCCUUGCGCCCCCAGGUCGUCCCCGCUCUCCUGCCCUCCCUUCUCGCCCCGCCCUCCCUCGCCGGGAGCUCCCCUCUUCGUCGCGCCCUCGGCCGCCCCUCACAGGCUGCGGAGCAGGGGCGGCUUCGGGCCGCCUGUGGCAGCUCGCUCGCGGGCCGCCCAAUUAGUCAGGAGGAA